UGUCAGCUCAGCCCUUCGCCUUAGGCUGCUGCUGCCGCCGUCUCCGCUCCAACUCCUCUACCUCCCCCACCGUGCUCACCGCGCCUGCGCUGCGGCUGCCGGAGCUAGGACUCUCCUCUCCUCCGCUCCGGACUCCGCAGAUCUUUUGUCUGAGGCUGGGCAGCGGCGGCUUCCCCGGAUCGCUCCCGGCCAGCGAAGAAGGAGCCGGAGAACCCGUGCAGGGCGUCGGAUCCCAGGCGCCGGGCGAUUCUAGGGGUGACCCUAGCACCGCUGGCUCCUGUAUACAAACAAAUGGGGGGAGGAAGGCAAAUCUUAAGGUGGACUUGCUCUUAAGGUGGAAUUUUUUUUAAGGUGGACUUGCUCUUAAGGUGGAUUUUUUUAAAGUGGAAUUCUUUUUGUUGUUUUUAAAGCGGACUUGCUCUUGCAUCAGCGGCUUUGGAGUGGGAAGGGCUGGGAUUUCAUCAUGGGUAGAGGUUCUUAGCACAAAAUCGGCAGGACAACUCCUCUUGAUAUCACUAGGCUGGUAGCAGGGGAUGGGAAAGGCCUGUUGUUAGGGAACAGACGUCUUUCCAGCCUCUAACAAUGACUAAACCCCAAUCCUUCUCCAGGAAAAGGCAGCCCAUGGAAGAAGAAGAGGUGGGAGUGAAAAGCCAGAUCUUUAGUUGCCGAGAGGUUGAUAGAAGAGAGACUUUACUUUUUCAACAAGUCUCCAGCUCCUGAUUGUUCUUAAGGAGGGGGGUGGGUGGGUUGUUUUUGGUUUUGUUUGUCAUUAAUUUUGGUUUUUAAACUCUAUCAAAUAUUAUUUACUACCAACCACCUCUCUCGAACAUAUACUGGAAAUGCAAAAGGAUAAAGACAUGGAGACAGUAGGAAAGUUUGAGUUCAGUAGGAAAGAUCUGAUCGGACAUGGAGCUUUUGCUGUUGUUUUCAAAGGGAGACACAAAGAGAAACCUGGGCUGGAGGUAGCGGUAAAGUGUAUUAACAAGAAAAACCUUGCAAAAUCUCAAACGUUGCUGGGGAAGGAAAUCAAAAUACUUAAGGAACUGAAACAUGAAAAUAUCGUUGCCUUGUAUGACUUCCAGGAAAUGGCAAACUCUGUCUACUUGGUUAUGGAGUACUGCAAUGGUGGUGACCUGGCUGAUUACCUGCACACCAUGCGGACACUUAGCGAAGAUACCAUCAGGCUCUUUCUCCAGCAAAUAGCAGGUGCCAUGAAAAUGCUACACAGCAAAGGUAUCAUCCACCGAGAUUUGAAACCACAGAAUAUCCUCCUUUCUUAUGCUGGAGGCAAGAAAUCAAAUCCUAACAACAUUCGUAUAAAGAUUGCUGAUUUUGGAUUUGCCCGGUACCUGCAAAGCAACAUGAUGGCAGCAACGCUGUGUGGCUCCCCUAUGUACAUGGCCCCAGAAGUCAUUAUGUCCCAACACUAUGAUGCUAAAGCUGACCUUUGGAGUAUAGGCACCAUCAUUUACCAGUGUCUGACAGGAAAGGCUCCCUUCCAGGCCAGCAGCCCUCAAGAUCUUCGUCUCUUCUAUGAGAAAAACAAGAUGCUGAUGCCCAACAUCCCCAGGGAGACAUCCAGCCACCUGAGGCAGCUGCUGCUGGGUCUUCUGCAGCGCAAUCAUAAGGACCGCAUGGACUUCGAUGAGUUUUUCCAUCACCCUUUCUUGGAUGCAAGUGCCUCUAUGAAAAAAUGUGACCGUACCACGGGCAGGAAAAGAUUCUUCUGGUUUAGGGCCACUUACAAGCCAGCCCGGCCCCUUCCGCCAGCUGCACCAUCGCCGUGUGAGGUGAGCCCUGCAAAGCGGGGCUGCCCCACAGGCGGGAAAGGACUCUGUUUGCUUAAGGAAACUCCCAAGCCAUCCGGGCGCACAGCACAAGCCACGCCGCCACUGUCGGGGACAAGCCCUUCAAAGCCUGACUGCCCUGCAGACAAGGAAGGACUCUGCCUGCCUAGGGAAGGUCCCAAGCCAGCUCGGCCCGCAUCUCUCGCCAUGCCACCACUCUGGGGGAUGAGGCCCUCAGAGUCUGACCUUCCCACAGGCAGGCAACGAUUCUUGCAACCCUGGCUUGCCCACCCACCAGCCCAGCUCUCAUGUCCAGCUGCAUUGUCUCCAUGGAGGGCCAGCCCUGUACCGCAGGGAACCCCACACAGGCAGGAAAGGAUUCUCCUUACUUGCCCUCCAUUUCCAGCGUCACCCACACCCUCAGAGUGCGGAAAGCAGGCACACUGCCACAGGAAGGAGAGGGUUCUCCUGGCUCAGCCUUCAACUCCAACUGCACCUAGGCUACUGAUGCGGGGCACUGGCCCUGUACAAUGGCCACCUCUGCGGGCAGCUGCUUCUGUGCCAAUGCCUUCUUAUCCAAGCUCAGGCUCUGGUAGUUCCUCCAGCAGCUCUUCAACUUCCCACCUGGCCUCACCUCCACAGUCCUUAGGAGAGAUGCAGCAGCUGCGGGAGAAGGCUCUGGUAUCUCCUGCCCAGGAUUCCCCUGGUUUUCUGCAUGGGUCUAAGGACUCUGCUGGAAGCAGCAGCAAGAAUUCCUCCUGCGACACUGACGACUUUGUGAUGGUCCCAGCACAGUUCUCAAGUGAUAUAACUGCUGAGGCAGCAGGAGGGAAACCCGUCCAGGACAGCCUGAUGUACAGCGAGAGCUCCCUGGUGACUUCGGCAGGUGUGGAGAGCCAGGCAAGGACGCCAUCCCCUUCGCCCCCUUACAACACUUCUCCCAGCCCAGCAGGCCGGCAAGGCCAGUUUUCCAGCAGCAAGUACGAGCACUCUGUCCCCAUCCCGGUCCCAACGCAAAUCCACAACUACCGGCGGAUCGAACAGAACCUACAGUCUCCCAAUCAACACGCUUUGCCACAGUCUGGCACAGUCCGAAGAUCAAGCAGUACAAGCCCUCUUGGGUUUGCUAAAAUCGGUGCUUCCCCUCCUUUCUCUGGAGAGCAUGGAGCUGUGCCAUCCCCCAGACGGUUCUCCUUCGGCGGUGCUAAGCCUUACACCCCGUCCCCGCAAGUCGGAACAAUUCCGGAGCAACCCGGCCAGACUGUUUUCUUCUCCCCACCUGGAGCAGAAACGAGAAGCAGGAUCCCCAUGCCUGGUGCCUCAGUACCUGAGCAUUCUUCCCGAGGGAUGGGCUGCCGGCUUCACAGCGCUCCCAACCUGUCAGACUUACAUUCCUGCAGGCAGAAGAUCACCAAGCAGCAUUCUGACCCUCUCGUUGCUCACUUUGGACACGCUCCCAUCAGCCAGCCCCUGCAGGUUCAUGGCUUGCAGCCCUGCCGACAGCUGAGGUCCUCACCAAAGCUGUCUGAAUUCAUGCAGAGAAGUCCCUUGCCAACUAUCUUGGGCUCCCCUACGAAGGCUAUGUCCCCUUUUGAGUUCCCCAAAACUCCCAGCUCCCAGAACCUACUCACGCUCUUGGCCCAGCAGAGAGUCAUGAUGGCCCCAACGCGGAACAGGACUCUGCCAGACCUGAAGGAGAUGGGACACUUCCAUUGCCAGCAGACUGGCCUCGGCUUGCGCCCUGUGGAAGAGAUUAAGGGCAGAUCUCUGAGCACCGGCCGCCUCACUGACCUGCUUCUCAAGGCUGCCUUUGGGGCUCAGAUCUCAGAAGCUGGCAGCAACGACAGCCUGAACAAUGAGAAGCCAAUGGAGAUCACAGCUCCCCCUGCUGCUUAUGGAGGAAACUUAUACUGUGGGGCUAGAGCUGGGGGCUCUCUGAGCUCUUCCCCAGUGGUCUUCACGGUUGGAUCCCCUCCCAGUGGGACAACGCCCCCACAAACCACUAGGACCAGGAUGUUUUCAGUGGGUUCAUCAAGCUCUCUGAGUUCAGGAGGUUCAUUCAGCGGCAGACACUUGCUGGUGGGAGCUGGUGGGGAUGCCAUGGAAGCUCCAUCUAGUCUCCGGUACACUCUUGUGGAUCCUAUUGCAGCUAAUCUGGAAGGGGCAGUUACAUUUGAGGCACCAGAACUGCCUGAAGAGACGCUCAUGGAGCAAGAGCACACGGACAUCCUGCGCAGCCUGCGCUUCAUGCUUGCCUUCGUCCACUACGUGAUGGAAAUUGCCACCAUCAAAGGGAGCACCAGCGAGAUGAGCAGCUCAGUGGCCUCUGAGUACCAGCUUCAGGAGAGCAUGGUGGCUGACCAGAUCAGCCUUCUCAGCAGGGAAUGGAGCUAUGCAGAGCAGCUGGUACUGUACCUGAAAGUAGCAGAGCUGCUGUCCUCGGGCCUGCAGACAGCCAUAGAACAGAUCAAGGCAGGCAAACUGUGCCUCUCCUCCACUGUCAAACAAGUUGUGAAGAAGCUUAAUGAACUUUAUAAAUCCAGUGUGUCGGCCUGCCAUUCUCUGAACAUGAGACUCCAGAGAUUCUUCUUGGAUAAACAGAAGCUUAUGGAUCGGAUCAACAGCAUCACGGCAGAGAAGCUCAUUUUCAGCUACGCCGUGCAGAUGGUGCAGUCUGCAGCGCUGGACGAGAUGUUCCAUCACAGGGAGGACUGCACACAGAGGUACCAGAAGGCUCUGCUGCUGAUGGAGGGGCUCUUGAACAUCAUAACGGAGCAGGGGGACAUCGAGAACAUCAAUAAAUGUAAGAUGUGUAUUGAACGCCGGUUGUCGGCUCUGUUAUCGGGGAUCUGUGCAUGAUUUUAAAAGUGCUGCUCGCUGCGAACCUCACGCCAGCCAAUCACGUUCAGUUUCCGAUCGCUGGCUGCAGUGGUGGAGAAGGAGCCUGGCUGCGGGGAACCUGGAAGACAAACUGCUUGAUCUUAUUUGUAGUCGUCAGGAAGGUUUUCCACAGUAGAGAUUUGGAUUCUCUUUUGGGAGACAUGUGACAGCAGUGAUCGCAAGCACUUCCCCACCAUAUAGACUUGGGGAAGAUGGAGGAGAGAGUCAGGGUUUUUUCCCUUUCUUGGUGGAGGGGGUGAAGGAUAGAAUUUCCCUUCCUCCCACUUCCACUUCAAAGGACAAGACUGCUGCCUUGCCCUCCUGCUCAAAGCCGGAGUAUUUUAGUGCUGCAUCCAUUGCUGGCGGUGGAUGUGCUGAAACCAUUAGCAGGAAGUUUCAGGUGAACUGUUCAGUGAAUUGAGAAGGGUGGAAUUUCAGGCCAGUUGCAUACUUUCCCCAUCCCUGCUGAUAGCCAAGCACUCAGGAACUGGUUGUUGACCUGCAGCUGCUCCCUCUCCGCACUUGUCCUUGUGUAUAUCCUGCCACGGAGCACUUCCUGUGUGGUGGAGAGGAGUAAGGUGGGGAAGCUGGAUCUCUUCCUGGAGCGUUGCUGAAGACAGCUGCAACCUUCCGAAAGACUUGCUGAGCAAUGCUGGAACCACGUCGCCGCUGAGGAGGCUCCCCUGUACCAAGCAUGAGGAGGCGGGUCACAUCCCUACCUGGAUGGGGAGCAACCAAGGACAAGAAAGUUGUGUGUAUAUAUAUUUAAAAACGACUCUAGCAUUACAAGAAGCCCCGAUGGUUAUUCCCCCAGUAGGGUCAGUAUCCUAGACCCUUGACUGCACAGCUUGGCCCAUCAGUACAUAUCCAACAGGAGGUGGUGCCCAUGCUGUCCUCCUUUCAGCUGUUGGUUAGCUAACCCUUUCCCCCACUGCCCCCCCAAAACACUAACUUUGUGACUCAAAGAAGCACUUUACACACUAUGGGAACUUUGACAAGUUGACUUUGCAUCACACGGUGACCCCGGAACUUCACGACUGCUGGGAAUGCUGUUCUUUUGUUCCUCGUUGUUUUAUUGCACUACGUGUGUGUAUCUGUGUGAAUACAUAUUCCUCGGGGCGAGUAUGUAUCGCUAUAUCGAGUGUGUGUCACUGUAUGUAUUUAACUGUACUGUAUCUUGUGCAUGUGCAGCAAACAGCAGUCACACGGUCCAUGUGCUGUUCCCCUCCGUGCCAGGCAAAGCUGACUUGAAAUCCUGCAGUACCAAGAGGUUUUUUUAUUUAAAUGUUCUUUUUAAGGACCGUCAGUACAAAGCUCUAUGGUUUUUAAGAGCUCAAGAACAGACGUUGAGAUCUUAAAUAUUUACAACCGAAAAUGCAUUUUUUUUAUUGUUUUGCUGCUUAAUUUUUAUAAAACAAACCAACCAACCCUUUUAGUGUUCAGUUACCUUCAGCAUUUCUUUUUAAGCGACUGUGUAGCCAAACCAGGCCUGUGGGUGUGGGCGGUUGAAGAUCUGUUGAGGCUUGGAUGCUGCGAGUGUGUGUGUGAGGGGAAAACUGGUUGGCUGUGAGUGUUCGUGUGUGUGUGUGGGCGUGUUUUUAUUUAUCAGAGUCAUGGCAGUAUUUUGUUAGCGCUGAGUGGAAAAAGUAACCUCUGUGGAUGAAAUGCGAACCGUGGGCUUAGCUUUUGGGAUCUAAUAACAUUUUGCACAUGGUGGUUAAAUAUUCAUUACUUCUCUCUCUCUCUGCCACUGUAAUUUUUUGCAUGUUUUUGUAUGACACUCUUUGGAAAAAAUAUUAUGCAAGGAACAACUCUGACGUGUGAACCAGCUUCAUCUGUGGUAAGAUGGACGCUUCUCGUGGCAGAACACAAAAGCAAGUAAACCCCCGCCCCUUUCCAGGGGCGUUCGAUUACAUGAUGUGUCACUUCAGUAUCAGUCCUUCAUUGCUUCGUUCAUUCACAGCCUGCUGUAGCUGUGGCUAUGUUUGCCUGUUCCUAAAAUAAAAACAAACCUGUGGCUGGAGAUGUUAAACAAGAAGCAGACCACUUCGGAAAGGAUCACCACCAGUCCUGCAAUAGGCUAUGCUACGAGUGCAGUACGUUAACCUGGAUGCAGUGUGGAAACGGUAAGCCAGGACAAACUUCCCAGCACACACGUGCUUUUCGCACUGAAUGCCAUGGAUACCCCACAAACUUAAUCGCUUAUUGCCAGGUAUUAGUCAGUUGCAUCCCAGGAUUCGUGUGUAUGCCACAGGUGUACCGAUCUGAUCCGUAUACAUGACAAGCUCAGCACUAGCCUUCCAGCUGUAUUUAAUUACUUGAAUGUAUCAAAUUUGUCCACAUUCAACGUAUAUAAAUAUAUAUUGCUCCAAAAAAAAAGUGGUUUACAGAUCUUCAACCAAUAUAUAAAUAAGUGUGUGUGUGUGUGUACAUAGUAUAUAUAUUUUCUCAAUACUUGAAACUUAGCCACUGUGCUUGGGUUUAAAAAAUAAAUAAACAAUGAGAAAAAGACAAAACAAAAAAGACAGAUUUCUUUUGCCAUCACUUUGGUGACUUUAUUUGUUAUCUAAAUGCAUGUAGCGUGAAUCCAAAUUUUUUUUGGUAAAAAAUAGUAUUUAUUGCUUUGUAGACAAUAAGGAAUGCAAAAAAGAAAAGAAAAUUUGAAAUUGCUAAUCUAGUCGAUUCACUAUCGUCAUGGGUUUGUUACUUGUUGCAGCGUUUGUAUGUAGCAUCUUAAAUAGAUUUCAAGAAACCUCAAUCUAAUACCACGUAUCUUCAGGGUUGUGAGAAAGUGUAUGAUGUUAUUCUUUAAAAGGUAAUGCUCGAUUGUCAACUUUUUUUUUUUUUAAUUUGUGUUUUGUGACCUUUUUUUUUUUUUUUUUUGGCUUUAAAUUGUAUAACACCGAUUUAAGAAAAUAAAACUGAUUUGAAAUUGUC